AUGAGGCGCAAUGAAUGCUGUGUCACCAUUGAUAACCGGCGCCGAAAAUUCCUGUUAGUAACUGCGAGUGGGGAGGCCGUUAUGCAAAUAGCGGGUGUAGAGAUGCACGUCGCGGGACUCGACAGGAACAGGGACCCAGAACCGGCCUUUUCACAACCUAUAGCCGAGAUGUUGACGGCCUGUCUCGACAGGGUCCUGCGGUCCCCGACACCGUUAAAGGUUACAAUGGACCAGUGGUUGUCCACCCGAAUGACAGCCCCCAAUGUCGACUGGGCUCUUAUCGACGAGCUUGUAGCGUGGCUGACAAUGCGGUUUGUACCGCAGCCCCAGGUGCUAAGGGACGAGGCAGGGGGUUCAGAAACCCAUUGGCUCCCCCCUGCAUACUGUGACGUGGCGUACGCCACACAUGGACUACCGGAAUGUGUCGUCCAGCCGGACGAAAGUGUAUUCUACUAUCACGACCACGCGACGACAUUUACCGAUAAUGUCUUCGUGAGCAAGGCCUUGGCCCCCGCGUUACGCGUGGGAGCAUGGACGAACGAGGCUGAGCUUAUUACCGGACUUGGAAUAGCAACAUACGACCACAGUGAGCGCGGGGCUGCAUCUAGCGAGGAAGGUACCGCAAUGGCAUUGGACGACGUAGAGCGCGCAAUGCUGAAGCGGCGCCUCUACGAGGAGUGGAAGAGGGGGGUGGGGAUCGGGGACCAGGCUGUCAGCCCAGAGCUCAUGGGCAACGACAGAGCCUUUUGGGAUACGAUUGUGUAUGGUGCCGGUGAGGAAUCGGACGCCGUAUCCGCCAUUGGCGAGUACGCAUUGGGAAUAGCCAGUCGUGCCCAACUCUCGUGGGAGGCAAACGCCCAAGCUGUAGGGCGUGGCGCCCACAUCAUCGCCCGAUGUCCCCACUGCGCCUGGGCGUCGGGGCGUCGUAAAUGUCGGCGCCGCCCUAACCCUGCCCACCACGAAGCCGGGGGCUUCAGCGGAGGCGGCGGAGCGCAACGCCGACCAUCUGGCGGCGCAGGACGCGCAAUAGACCUAGAGUCUAUCAAGCGCAUGAUACCGGACUGGGAGUGGACUACUGCCCUCUACAGGAGGAAACAGAAAGAACUGGUCAGCCAAUUCGAGCCCUGUUGUUCGGACAGAGGCUGGGAGGCCCCAAUGUCGAAAUUUAAUAGCAAUCUCAGGCGAUACCGGCUACCUAAAAGCCAUGAGUGUGAGGGGUGCGCGCUUCCGCGUGGCACCAUAGAGGAGGGUCUGCACAUGGCGGCUCGGAUGCACCCAGGUAGGAGGGCGAGGCUAAUACCUAGUUGGCUCAAACUAGGGGGGCCGUUCAUAUAUAAGGAAUGGCGCCUCCUUACUUACUGGGAGACUUUCAGCGGGUAUGUAGCACCCGUUGACAUAAACGCGCUUCGCGGAGACGUUGAUGACUGGCUCACGGUGACGAAACACAACGGAGAGCGUAUAGACGAAGCGGAGUACGUACAAGACAUCUUGAACGAGACCAUCAAGUUCAUGUUGGAGGAAUGGACCAUGCCGGACAAGCUCCCCACCAUGGAGCAGUGGGUUGCUAGUGGUGUUUGGAUGCGGGGUAAAGCAGGUACGGGACGAAAUACGAUGAUAAGGAUCGAGGGGAAGGAGAAGCGUACGAGAAGAUACAAAGGAGUCGACGCCGCGCUGAAAAGCGACAAAGAAAUACAACACGAGCUGCGCGAGGCGCGGCGUGAAAGCAUGAAAAUCAUGCAGAAAAGCGAGGGUGGGAAAGUUAGGCCCGUGGUAGUAGGGGGUAAUGAGCUUUACAGAAAAAUGGACUAA